AUGCUUUUCAUUUUAUUGAGCUUAUUUUACGGUAUACAAAGCUGCUUUGAAAAGGUUUAUACUAAACGCAAAUGGGAACUUGAAGAUGGACGCACUUUAUAUCUUAACGAAAAAAUGAAAUCGUGCUUCCGACCUCCGCUUCCUGAUAGUGUUCGAUAUUACAAUAUUGCAAACAUUACUGAUGGCACUAAUGCUGUUGAUUUUACUAAAGCAUCCGGCAAAGUUAAACUCGCAGAUGGAAGAACCGCUUAUAUUGGUGAUGACAAUUAUUUGCGGAUCAUUGGCAGCAAUAUUGAAUUAACAGAAACGUUUCGAAUGGGUAGGAAGUCAAGAAUAGAUUUUUAA